UAUAAAUAAAAAAUGAUGAUGACUGCCUGUCGGUUCAUGAGGACCAGAUGUUCCAGAUGUUCCUGAUGUUUAACACGUGGUUUGUUGCCUCAGAGUGACGUCAGUCUGCGUGCUGGAGGCGUCCUGUUGACGUCGCGUCGGUCUGUCAGAGUUCUGGCAGCUGAUUGGCUCAGAGAUGAAGAAGUCCCGCCCUCCUCCUCAUGUUACCAGUAACGACAGGAUGGACUGAACCAACUGGACCCCGGGGGGGUGGAGGGACCGAACCUGUCCGUUUUAUUUUAACCUUUCUGUUCAAACAGGAAGUAACCAGAUUAAGAUUAUUAAUCUGGUUCCGUCAGAGCCCUCAGGUCCAGUUCGGUUCUUCAGACUGCAGUCUUCUUUAAACUGGACCGGACCGAACCAUUUUGACCCCUCGGUGUUUGGUAACCGGAACAUGAUGUAACUCUCACCGACCGGUACCGGCUCUUCUCCGAACUGCUGAAGUGUAUUCAGCUGGACACGAACAUUCAGUCACCGAACAGUUCGGUUCGGCCCGGUCCGUUCAGAGCCAGGGGACCGGAACAGACCCGGUGAGGGAUGAAUCCAGCCCGCCGGUGUUCGCUGAGCCUCAGCCAGACCUUGGUGUCCUCGCUGGGGGGACAGACCUGGACCCCAGCCCCGGGUCCGGCCCGGGGACCAGGUGUCCGGCUGAGACCUGCUCCAGGUGGCGCUAUGGGCAGCUGCAGCAGCAGGUCGUUUGGUACCAUGACCCCGGUGCUGAACAGUGCCCCCUUGGCCCAACCCGACACGUACUUCAAGGAGGGCCCGGAUCAGGACCCUGAUAAGGACUCAGUGGAGGUGGACCCAGACCAACUGCUCAGGGAGUGCAAAGAGGUUCUGCAGAGGCGUCCGGCCCGACCGCAUCGGGAUCUGGUCCAUCCCAGGAGCACGGUCCGUUACAGCCACAAGCACAACCCAAACAUCCGGGUCAUGCAGUGGAACAUCCUGGCCCAAG